AUGAGAGCGGCAAAGACAGCUCGGGAAUCUCGCUCGAGAGGCAGACAGACGGCUACGGCAACCACAGAAUCAACUCCGGAAAGACGCGGGAGCACGGCGGCUUCGGACCGGCUUGUUGGAUCUUCUAGUUGCUCGCUCGCUCCCCUCCUUCGGCUCGUCAGCAGGACUUGUCGACACAAGCACCGACAAAUCACUCCGAGCUCGGCUCAACUUACCUAUAUACUUUACUGCCCUUUCGGUCCAACGCUGUCGGUGAAUGGGAACCCUCGGUGCAACCUGCGAAAUGAGAAGGUCCCUCCCACUUGCAUUCGCACACCAGGGAACGAGCGCCUUGCAAGCAUCCAACACGCCAGCCAUCUUCUGCCCAUCCAGUCGUCCUCGCCCAUCGCGAUCGAGUGCAGCGUUCAGCGAAAGAGCAGCUUAGUGACAGCCACGCAAGCCCAAAGUGCUGGUCUACCUGCUUUGCAGCCAGCUUUGCCGGAUCCGAUCGCAGCUCGUAUCAAGGCGAAAGGCCGAGCCAAGAUCAUCGACUUGUGGCCGAGCUAUCGUAGCGUUCGUCUCGACCUCUACGCCAGCGUAACAGAAAUACACGACGACCGAUGGAGGGAAGGGUCGGCGUCGCCGAGUGUCGUCGGCUACGACGAAUGCGACAGACAACCUAAUGUCACAUUGCGCCACGCCCAGUCGGCGCUGCCGAGCUUUGCUGCCUCGGGCACUGGAAGAGCCGACUACUCGUUGCCAAUGGAACAGUGCUACCGUCGACGAGACGCUUGGAUGCAAACGCGAAACAGAGCAGUUCCCCCAAGAUUACAGAGCCGACGGGUAGCCUCGCAGUCCAUUGCCUCUGCCCCUUCACAGUCACGGAGGCUGUUGGUGCAUCGGCGCAUCGUUUCACGACGAACGAGUCGCGGCAUCGACUACCAAGCAUUGUGA